GGAGAGCACUUUGCACCAUAGGCAGAUAGCAAAGAGAGAGUUCGAGAGGAGGAAGGCAGGAAUACAGAGACGCGGAGUAGGAGGGGGGACGGGGGAGGCAGAGAGGGAAAGAGAGGGAGGGAGGCAGGGAGGAAGGAACAGAAAGUUUAUGUACAUAAACCUUUUUUUUUUUUUUUUUUUUUUUUUUAAGUAUUGUUGCACCUAGUAGCUAGCUUUACUGACACAGAAAUGAGAGGUCUGUUCAGUGCUUAAAUAUCCGAGAAACAAUGGGAUAGUGCAGGAAAGUUAACAAUUAACAGUCUCAGCUUAAAUUUUGUAACUGCAGGGAACUGGAAACAGAGCUGCCUCUCUCUUCAGCAAAAUCAGGUCUCCUGGUUAAGAGAAUAAUUUUUGUUAACAUCUAAAUUUCUGAAAAAGAAGCAGCUUGCAGUUGAAUGAGUAUCGUGCAGUUAUGGUUUUAACCAGCCUGCUCAUACUUAACUAUCUCUGCUUAUUUUAAAUAGAGCAGCUGUGAAAGGGGUAAUGAGGCUUUUGAAAUGCCUUUUGCUUUACUCUUUUAAAUGAGGGUACAGAGCAAUAAAGAGAGCUGAAGGUAUCCGGCUGAAGAGAAGCAGCGAGGAAGAUGGGUCUGCUAAGUGUGGAUUUGCUGAUCACGCUUCAGAUCUUGCCGGUGUUUUUCUCCAAUUGCCUGUUUCUCGCGCUCUAUGACUCUGUGAUUCUCCUGAAGCACAUGGUUCUGUUUCUGAGCCGCUCCAAGUCCGGGCGCGGCGAGUGGCGGAGGAUGCUGACCUCGGAGGGGCUGCGCUGCGUCUGGAACAGCUUCCUCCUGGACGCCUACAAGCAGGUCAAACUGGGAGGAGAAGCCCCAAACUCCAGUGUAAUCCACAUAGCCAAGGGCAGCGAUGGCAGCAGCGGCAGCUGGAAGAAUGUUGGUGGCAAGUGUGGAACCAAAUGCCACCUUCUGGAUUUUGCCAACUCGGAGCGGCCGCUGGUGGUGAACUUUGGCUCAGCUACCUGACCACCGUUCACGAGCCAGCUGUCAGCCUUCAGCAAGCUGGUGGAGGAGUUCUCUGGUGUGGCUGACUUUCUGUUGGUCUACAUCGAUGAAGCUCACCCAUCGGAUGGCUGGGCUGCGCCUGGCAUCUCUCCCUCCUCAUUCGAAGUUAAGAAGCACAGGAGCCAGGAAGAGAGGUGUGCAGCUGCUCACCAGCUGCUAGAGCACUUUUCCUUGCCACCUCAGUGCCAAGUGGUGGCUGACUGCAUGGACAACAACGCCAAUGUGGCCUAUGGGGUUUCAUUUGAGCGAGUGUGCAUUGUGCAGAGACAAAAAAUUGCCUACCUGGGGGGCAAAGGCCCCUUUUUCUACAACCUUCGAGAGGUCCGGCUUUGGCUGGAACGAAACUUCAGCAAAAGAUGAAAUCCAUUCUCCACAGGAGUUAUGUCAACAGAUGUGUCCCUUUAAGGUGAUGCAAAAGGGAAAAAAGAAACCGAAAACACAUGCUAGUUUGAAUAAAACCUUUCAGAUGAUUGCAGGAGAACACAUUUGAUAACAGUGUCAAGUGAAUGUUAACUAGGAAAAGAAAACAAAAAUCUAGCUCCACAGAAACAUUGUCAAGUGAAAACAAAAUCCCACUCCUGCUCUUGCUAUGGGACAGAAGAGGUGAACAGGCUCCUCCAAAAAGGUGCUGCUAGCAAGCAGGUAGGGGGUUAGAUAAGAUCUGUGUCCCAGAAGGCCCAGUCCUGGGGUGAGGCAGAGAAAGUGUUUCUGCUUGGAAGGCAUUCCAUGGAAAGGCAAUGCUGUACAUUGCAUCAGAAACACUUCUUGAUGCCCCUGUGGCCAAUGCAAGGAACCUGGGAGGAGCAGGGAGUUUGCAAUUACUUUGCAUACAAAUGGCAGUGCAGUGUGGCCAUUUUCCUCUCGGUAGAAAAUUUAUCGUUCAGAGACUUCAGGAACCACAUGCAAUGCAUGGCACAGGCAGACUGGCUGCUCAGAGCAAGAUGAACCUUUGUCUGCUGGUAUUUGUCCUCUCUGUGGACACCUCUGCACAAUAUAUUAACUAUGUAAUUCUACCUUACAUGUUUGUGUCCAGUGUGCAGGCCUGUGCCUGCUGAGAAAGGUGUUAAAUUCUAUGGAGUUGGACCAAAAAGACAAAGGUGAUCAAAUAAGCCCAUUACCAUCUGAAAACUGAAAUACCUGGACUAAUUAUAACAACAUUGAGAACCAGCUAGAGCAUCAGACAAAACUCAGCUGAUGCCAACCAAACCCUUGGUUCUGAGAGCUGGCAGGUCACAUUUAUCAAUGUUCUCUGGUUCUCAUCUCUGUUUCUUUACCCGCCUCCAUCUCCUGUCUAGCAAUAGGCUUAAAGGUAAUUUCACUUUUAGUUUUUAAAAAACCCCAACUUAUUUCUCUUAUUUUUUUUUUAAUGUGAGAUAAUUACCUUGCAUUACCUUGUAUUUUGGGGUUGGGGGGAACUUAUGCACAAUUUUACCUCGUUAAAAUGGAAACCUAUUCUGUCAUUUACCCUGUUAAAUGUUGUCAUGCUGACUUUCACUGUCUUAGAUAUCUGAACCUAGUUUAUAGCUAUGUUAAUCUGAAAGUUGUUUGCAGCCUUAGAAUUGAUUAGCUGCAGUUCUGAGACUGGAUGAGCCAAUGGUCUGUUUUGCUCAUGUUCUUGAAAACCUUCCCAGAAGAGAAACAAGGAGGACAAAUAGUUUGAAUUAAUGUGAGUGUAAAAGAUGGCAGAAUUUUCAUAUUAAUGAAUAUGAGGAAUGGAUUGUUAUAUUAAAGAGAUACUGUGAAUUAAGAGUACACAUUAAGUUAAGGUAUUUAUAAAAUUGAAAUUGUUUAAUCAAGCCUGAUGAAGAGGCAGAUUUACAAUGAGCUAACCUAUUAGAGCUGACAAACGAAAAUCCAUAUGGAGAUGGACUGUCCAGGUUUUCUCUCAUCUUUGGCAGAAACAUGAAACAGAUAAAAAGAAUAAGUGGCAAAAAUCAAAUUAGUUAUUUUAUUUUAUCAUCCUGCCCAUCAUCAGGAAUACGAUGUGUUGAUACUGACAUAGGAAAGAAUAGAAAAUACAUAAGUGUUUUAAUUUUCACAGUGCCCAUUAAUAUUGUAUAUUUCCUCUAGCUUGGCUCUUGGUCAACUUAGCCAAUGUAGGAGGAAUUUGGAAAUGUGUUUUCAAGCACAGAUCUGAAAUAAUGACAGUAACAUGGGUAAUUUCUCCUGUACUCAGGUUUAUGCUUCCCAUUCUUCUCACAUUUUCCUCCACACACUGUUCAAUGUAGACAAGGGUGCACUUACACAGCUGGUAAUGUGCACUGGAGAAGGGUGUAAAGAGUGGUCCUCAGAUCUCCUAGUGAACCCCACUUCUCAGAAGGUCUGUGUCUCUCUAUGUGUGCAUUUAUAUAUGCAUCCAUAUGUAUAUAAUACAUUUUUAUGUAUGUGUAUACAUAUGCAUGCACACAUAAAUGGUGUCUAACACCACUAAUAAUAAUUAUCCUGUCCUACCAUUCAUUAAUGUUACUGUAAAUCAUUGCUCAGUGUGGAAGAUGGUUACAGAUCUUCAUGACUAACUGGGAUAUAUAACUGAAUUUUUAAAACCUAUUAUCAUAGAAACAGUAACAUAGCCAGACUUCAUGUUUUAUUUAAUCCAGUGUCCUACCUCUGAUUGUAUCAGAUGCUUCAGGGGAAGGUGCAAUAAUUUUUGACUUACAGAACUUUUAUUAGCUUCAUCCCAUAUUAUUUUUGCUUCAUCUAAAGUAAUUGUUAAUGUCUUAUCCCUCAUGAGAGGCUGAUUCUGGGUUUUGAGAUUUAAAUAUUUUGUGAGGUGGAGAUUAUGAAAAUUUUAAAAAAUCCCAUUUAAAUUCAGAGAAAACCAAAUAAAAAGAGAUUUUUCCUUUCAUAUUUAAAUUGGCUGCUCUUCAAUGCCAUUCUCAUCUCUUACUGUUAUAAGCUAAACCACUAAACAUAAGCAAUCCCAAUUUUUCUUCUGUAUGCUGGUCAUUAUAUAAUCUAUAUAGAAAUUUGCAUACCUUUUGUUUAAGACAAACAAUAACUUAUAUUCUUAUAGAGGUUCAUACUCUUUCCUUGCCUCUCAAUCUCUUCUGUUUUUGCUACACUUGUCCUUUUACUCAGGUGAGUAAAGAUGUAGACAUUAAUCAAAGUGAAAAAUCUGUAUUGAUAUACCCAGCACAGCAUCUUUUCCUUAUUAUAUUCUAUUCUUCAGUCAUCUGAAACUUUUUGAAUCCAAUAGUAACUCCAUAGCCUUUGUAAAACUUAUACUAGUAAGUAUUUUCUUCUUUUCCUCAUUAUACCAUUGAAGUCUGAACUGUUUAUAUGGGAAAUGCUAGCCAAAUGUUUAACACAGCUGUUGAAACAUACCUUUAGUUCAGAGGAAAGAACUGGAAUUAGUAAAUUCAGUUUGUUAAUAUCCAUUUGCAUAUCUAAAGUUACAGUUAUUUUUCAAGUCCAUUUUCUUCUUUUGAAUUUUUAAAUUUUGUUCUGUAAUUCAUAGAUGCCUCUUCAUCACAUAGUAUACAGGAAUUAUGAAAUUGGCUCCUGUCAAUGGGAAAAACACAUUGAUUUUCCACAAAUAUAAAUACACAAUAACUUCAUUUCUUUCUUGGCAACAUGUAUAACUGUCCUGCCUAAAAUUUAAAGCUAUUCCAGCUUCACUGAUUAUGAAGACAGAAAUACAUUUUGUGCAUCUUGCAAAACCUUGGGUUUCCCCAGAAACACUUCUGGUCAGAAAGCAGAGCUUUCUUCAAAGUAAAAUGGGCAUAAAGGAAAAAAAAAGGAAAAGUAUUUUCUAGGAGGCUGACAAAACAUAAUUUAUUUUUUUUUUAACAAAAUUAAAACAUUUUAUUGAAAAGGUUUUAAAUGAGAUGUCCCCAGUGGAUAACAAAAGUGGCCACAUGUCAGAUACCCAAAAUUCUAGUAAAAGUUGUUUUGGGUCCAGGUAGAGAUUUUACUACCUUGCUAGCCUUGUCUAGUCUGCUGUGAGACUGUAUUUGCUUCUGUCUCAUUCUCACUGUGCCAGGGCACUAUACCCUAUUACUUGAGGUGCUCCAGUGUGACAUACAUAUUGAGCAACAGCUCACAAAAUAGGUGCCUGAGCAUUCUGGAAGGCUACUGUAUAUAAUAGAGACUCCAAUACUGUGUCUCAACAUUAGUAUGGGAAACUUCCAGUAUUUUUCAUUUUGAGCAACAUUAAAAGCUAUUCUGGGCUAUCAUUCUACAUUGUUCUGUGCUUAGCAUCUGUAUUUAGCACUGUAUAAAUGGAAUGCAAAACAUUUUGUGCAGACAAGAAACUAUAGCAUUUUGCUCUUUCCUUGUGUAGACAAUGACAUAAAUUUAAGGCAGCAGGAAAACAUGCCCCAUCUAUUAAAAAUAAGAAAAUAUAUUAGGAAAUAUGUUGUUGAAUGAUUGUCUGAACACUUUGAAAAACAAAAUGCAGUGAUUUUUAGGAGGGUAGUCUUGGUGGGGAGAUCUACAGCACUUCUAAAAAAAGGUAUUUGUGCUAUGCAUCCAGGUGUGUGCAGAGGGAAGCUAUGUUUCUGCAUGUGUGAAAGUGGCUUUUCUGUGAUGUGGAGUAUAGAUUUAAGAGUUUUUAAGGCUUUCAUUCAGUACUAUAACCAAAGCAAUAAGAGGUGUCAGGUAGGGAAUAUUGGCCAGUUUUGUCCAACUCGUCACCACGUCUGUGACAAAUCCAUCAUCAGCUGGGCCCAGCUUGGAGUGUUCAGUGAGGAGAGACUGGGGUGAGGCAGGGGAGGCUGGUGUGCUUAUGAAGAUCGCUAACAAAAGAGUGGUCAGCUCAGUUAGCGUUCAGAUGCCCUCACACUGGAUUCCUCUGUGCACCUCAGAGUGUCUGUGCUUGAAAGAGGUGUCUCCUUGGGUCUGUCCAUGAGAUCACCGUGGUGUAGGUGCCUGUGUGUACUACGUGUGUGUCAUUGUUUAAAUGUCAAAAAUACACUGCAGGAGAGCCAGCAAAAUUUUGUUACAAUAUGGUGCUCCAUGAAAUGUGCUUUCUAGAUUUGUUUUUCUUGUAUUAUAAUAAAUGAUAAAGGAAAAUAUA